AUAAGCCUGCCGCCCUCUUUCUCCUCCCAAGCCCUGGCCACCUUCCAGCCACCUCCGUCCAGCCUCCUCCCCUCCCAGACAGUCCUCAUUUCUUUUUCCCCUAGGCAGCAGCCGGCCGGAGCCCCGAGUCUGCCAGAGCCAAGAGCCCAGGUGGGGCUGAGAACCUCAGCUACAGAAUGUGGACAACACUGCUGCCCUUGCUGCCACUACUUCUCCUGCCCGGAGGGGCCCUCUGCAGCCAGGAAGCCUCAGAUGGCCCGUUGGACCUCCACAUGACCCAGGUCUCCUACUUCCGCAACCCCUCUCAAGUGUGGCACCGGGGCAACGCGACGCUGGGGGGGGUCCUGACGCACGUGCUGGAAGGCCCAGGCCACAACGUCUCGAUCCAACAGCUGCAGCCCUUGCAGGAGCCCGACAGCUGGGCACUCACGAAGAGUUACCUGAAUCGCUACCUGGAAGAGUUCGUGGGCCUGGUGCAGGUGGUGCACCAGGAGCGGGGCGUGACCUUUCCUCUGACCAUUCGCUGCUUCCUGGGCUGCGAGUUGCCUCCUGAGGGCUCGGAAGCCCGUGUCUUCUUCGAAGUGGCUGUGAAUGGGAGCUCCUUUGUAAAUUUCCAGCCAAAGACAGCCUCAUGGGUGGCGGAACCUCAUGCACAGUCCAGAGUGGUCACUUACACGGUUGAGCAGCUCAACAAGUACAAUCGUACUCGGUACGAACUGCGGGAAUUUCUACAGGACACCUGUGUGCAAUACGUACAGAAACACAUGACCAUGAACAACUUGAAAGCAGGAAGCCAAACAGGCCGUUCCUACACUUCACUGGUCCUGGGCGUCCUGGUGGGCUGUUUCAUCGUCACUGGAGUGGCUGUAGGCAUCUUCCUGUGCACAGGUGGACGGCGGCGGUGUUGAUUAUCUCCAGCCCUCGCUGGAAAAAGGCUAGACUGAUUCAGCUCACUGCAGAACUGUGCAGACUCUCCAUCUGGGACAUUAUAUUCCAGAAGAUUUAGAGUGGCAGCUCAUUCUUCUCUGAGAUCUGCCCACGAAGAGUUUGGGGGAAGGAAGGGGAGGAGCCUAAGUAGACAGGGUACUAGGCUUGCCAAGAACCAAAGAACUCCCAUAUUUUGCUGAAUUGGUCUGGGAAGUGAAUGCUUAUUUGUAUUUGUGGAAAACAGAUAAUGGAGUUGGGGCAACAGAGGUGGUCUAUGACCCAUCUUUCAAAGACAGAAUCUGAGGCAUUCAGAACACUCAACCAAGUAAAACAAGUCAUCCACAACCCAAAUAACCAAUAUUCUGUGCUUUCAGGUAUGUUAGAUUUGGGGAGAGACACUGGUGCAAUAGAGGUAGUGGUAACCAGAGAAAUGAUGGAAGUGUGACAUUCAAGUAAUAUGGGAGCAAGGAGUUAUUAAGUAAUUGAUAAUAAUAACUAAUAAAAUUCCUUACUUAUGUA